AUGUCCAACAAGCCGGUUCUCUACACGCACACCAUCAGUCCCGCCGGUCGGGCGGCUGAGCUGCUGAUCAAAGCGCUGAACCUUGACGUCGAGAUUCGAGAGAUGAACGUGUUCAAGCGGCAGCAUCUGAGUGCGGAGUUUAAAAAACUCAACCCGGUUCAAACGAUCCCGACGCUGGAAGACAACGGUUUCGUGUUGUGGGAUAGUCAUGCGAUCCUGAUCUACCUGGCGCGUCGAUAUGGCGGUGGUACGGAUCUUUACUCGGAGGAUUUUGAGCAACAGGCACGCAUUAAUGCGGCCCUCUUUUUCGAGAGUUCGCUGCUCUUCGCUCGGUUGCGCUUUUGUACGGACAAUCUCGUUGUGAUGGGCCGAGCAACGGUUCCGGAGGAAAACCUUCAACGAGCGACCGAAGGAUUGCAGCGUUUCGAGAACAUGCUGCAGGCGGAUUAUGUGGCCGGUGAGCAUAUGACGAUCGCCGAUCUGAGCUGCAUUGCCAGCGUCACAACGUUGCACCUGCUGUUGCAUCCUUCGCGAGAGGAUUUCCCGAAAACUUUCGCCUGGGUGGAUCGCAUGACGAAGCUUCCGUACUAUGAGGAGGUUAACGGACGUGGUCUGAUCGCAGCUGGUGUGUUGAUGCAAACACUUGCCGCAGUGAAUGCCGCAAAGUAGACGCACUAGACGAUCGACUUCUACGUACCCGCGAUCAGCUGCUGUCCGGUUCUGGGUUAUCGUUUUGCUCUGUGACGUUGGUGAAGAAUUUGGCCCUCGCCACCCGACUGAAACCACCCCAUCUACA